GUGGCUCUAUGUAUCGAAGGUGUGUGUGGAUCUAAUUUCGAUAUUCAAAAGGUAGAAUCUCAAAACGUCAUCCUACCCCUCAGACUAUGUGAGGUACUUUAUCAGAUGGCGUCCCAGCAACAUCCUUUUCAUCUGAAACCAUUUCAGUUUUUUUUUUCUUGGCAAAAACCAAAAAUCGUUUUUUAUGGAGACGUGCAAUCAUCUCUGCUGCCUCCUUUAUACCAAGCAUAUAUUUUUCAAAUCAUUCAGAUUGAUAGGAAGAAACAGUCUCUGAAAGAGGGCGGUGAAUAUGAGGAUUCGGCCCUGCUUUUGAAAACCCAUCCGGGGUGUUACCCUGAAAAAAAUGCUUCAUUUUCAAAAUUUAUCACCGAGGUCUCUUCGAGAAAACACCACAUCUGGCCACAAAAACUUCAUCCACGGGACUUGCCUGGACCUCUAUAUGCUCUGUCAUUUUUCGUUUUCAAAAGUCUGAAUUUAGAGCCUGAAAUGGUUGCGCCCACCAUCAAUACCGACAUCAAGUGGAAACUACAAGUCUUGGAGAAGAAAUCUAACCUCCGAUAG